CGCAGGUGCCCGCUGGAGCCGGAGCAAGCAGCUGCUGACCGGCCGGGCCGGGCCGGGACCCAGGCCAGGGAGAACCGAGGGGCCUGCGCGGCCGCCCGGCCCGGCCGCGGAUCAGAUGGAGGUUGUGAGCCCUCACCCACUACAGAACAUGUAGAUAUCAGAAGACAGCUUUGGAAGUCGGUUCUCUCUUUCUACUGUGUGGGUUCUGCCUCUCCUUGGGAACUGAGAACAGAGCAACUGGUCUUCUGAGGACAUCAUCAUUUCCUUGAUGAACUGAGGUCUCCCAGAGUGCACAGUCUGACAGAGGCCAUGAGUCACAAGGAGCCUGAGUGACUCACCAUUCUGGUUCCUGGGACCAUGGGCCUCAGGUCCUGAAGACACGAGGCUCCCUGUGGCCAUGACGACAGGUGACUGCUGCCACCUCCCCGGCUCCCUGUGUGACUGUUCUGGCAGCCCUGCCUUCUCCAAGGUUGUGGAAGCCACAGGGCUGGGGCCGCCCCAGUAUGUAGCACAGGUGACUUCAAGGGAUGGCCGGCUGCUCUCAACUGUCAUCCGAGCUUUGGAUACACCAAGUGACUGUCCCUUCUGCCGAAUCUGCCAUGAGGGAGCGAAUGGGGAAAACUUGCUGUCCCCAUGUGGCUGUACCGGCACACUGGGAGCUGUGCACAAGAGCUGUCUGGAGAAAUGGCUGUCUUCCUCCAACACAAGCUACUGUGAGCUAUGUCAUACUGAGUUUGCAGUGGAAAAGCAGCCCCGACCUCUCACAGAGUGGCUGAAGGACCCAGGGCCCCGCACGGAGAAGCGGACACUGUGUUGUGAUAUGGUGUGCUUCGUGUUCAUCACACCGCUGGCCGCCAUCUCAGGCUGGCUGUGCCUGCGAGGGGCCCAGGACCACCUCCGUCUGCACAGCCGGCUGGAGGCCGUGGGGCUCAUUGCCCUCACCAUUGCCCUCUUCACCAUCUAUGUGCUCUGGACACUGGUCUCUUUCCGAUACCAUUGCCAGCUGUACUCAGAAUGGAGGAAGACCAAUCAGAAAGUCCGCCUGAAGAUUCGGGAAGCAGAUGGCCCAGAGGACCCUCACCAUUCCUUUCUGGCUGCUGGACUCUUAAAAAAGGUGGCAGAGGAAACUCCUGUGUGAAGGCCUGGAUGGCUGGGCCCUGAGGUAGUGGAGAGACCAGAGUCAGAUGGCAAUGCCCUGGCAUUUGGAAGGGUGGAAGCUGCCUGACUUUUCAUGCACAGCCACGAUACUUCUCUGGUCAAGAGCCACAACAAGCAGAGCCUGCUCUGUGACCUCUGUGAACACACUUUCAAGGGUUCUGUUUUGCACAUUGUUUUCUUUGACAAGAAAAAAUGGACAGACUGGAGCUUUGGAUGGAGCAGGCACCCCUAUUUCAUCCUGAGAUCUGUUUGACUCCUCUUGGCCAGCAGCUUUGGCUGCUUGUGUCAAGGGUACCCGUUGGACUAGAAGGUUCCAGCAAGCUUCUUGUGUUACUCUGCACCUAGCCAGCUUGCUUUACUGGCACUCUUGACAUUAUAAAGUUGCACUGCAUUUCAAAAACCCACCCCUGGAUGAAUAAAAGGAGCCUUUGCUGGCUAACAUGGA